GCAGCCAGCAUGAGCACCACCGACAUGAGCAUGAGGGGAAAGAUCAUCUUCUAUGAGGACCGGAGUUUCCAGGGCCGUUCCUAUGAGUGCAUGAGCGACUGCUCUGACAUGUACUGCUACAUGAGCAGGUGUCACUCCUGCAGGGUGGAGAGCGGUUGCUUCAUGGUCUACGACUGCCCAAACUACAUGGGCUACCAGUACUUCAUGCGCAGAGGUGAGUACGCCGACUGCAUGAGCAUGAUGGGGAUGCGGGACUGUAUCCGGUCCUGCCAUAUGAUCCCCUGGCACAGAGGGUCCUACAGGAUGAGAAUCUAUGACCGGGAGCACUUUGGAGGUCACAUGUAUGAGCUGAUGGAUGACUGUGACAACAUCAUGGACCGCUACCACAUGUCGGACUGCAUGUCCUGCCACGUGAUGGACGGCCACUGGCUGAUGUACGAGCAGCCCCACUACAGAGGCAGGAUGAUGUACUUCAGACCGGGAGAGUACCGGAGCUUCAGGGACAUGGGCUGGGGCGGCAUGAGGUUCAUGAGCAUGAGGCGCAUCAUGGACUCUUAUUAUUAA